CUGCCAAGUAGAAAAAAAAUUGUUAGGAGUUGGGAUUUACUGGAAUUUCCACAGAAGAAAAAUGGUUGUGGAACAGAAAACAUUCUGGAGACAGUGUUGGAACAAGGGGUAAAAUUUUUCUGCCAGAAAUAAAGCUGUUCCUUCUGGCAUGUAUUUUUGCCAGACCAUCAGGCCUGAACGUUCACUGUUUGUUUAUCUAUUUAUGCACAACAUAAUGCGCCAGUUACAGUGAAUAUUGUGUGAACAGGUGACCUUUAGCUCAGGAAACAGGUGAAUGAACUUUGAGAUGGAUCUGGGUCUAGUUCAUAUUUACAUCCUCCAAGCAGGUUAUUUGGUCACUGGUGUAUGUUUGUUUGUUUGUUUUUUUUAACAGGAUAUCUCAAACACAUUAAUCGAUAUUAAGGAAGUCUGAUGCAGAGGUAGGUCUUUUUGAGGCUGAUGUCAACUCAGGACCAUUUUAAUUAAUAUUGUUUUAAUGUCUCCCAUUGAUUUCUAAACUAUUUGUACUUUGGUGAAGCAGCACAAAUGGAGGAUUGUUGGGACAUGGUGGUGGUAUGCGAUUGGUGAGUAAUUUUUGUUUUGUUUCAUUUGUUUGUUUUUCAGCCUCAGAAAAUAUCAGAUAUAAAGAUUUGGUGUAUUUCAUCCAUUCUCAAUUAAGAGUAGAAACAUUCUGUUUUUUUUUUUAAAAAUUGAUGAAAAAGAUACUAGCCAAUAUAACUUUCAUUGCGGACCCCACUUGGCUUGAAUUCACAGUCGCUGGCAUGGGAAGCAGACAUUCUAACCGUGAAGCUAAAAGGGGAUAGAAGCUUAGAUGUUAUGUGGUCCAUUUUUGUAUUGGCCUAUAUGCCAGUUCAAUGUGCUCACCCACAACUGGCAUCUCCAACUUCAAGGAACAUGAGCUUUGGCUCUUCCCAACGGUUUCAUCUACUCCAAGCAUGAGGCAUCAGAUUGUUGUUUUUGCUCCUGGCAUGAAGGGUUGACUUCCCUGGGGAGCAGAAACAAACCUUUUUGUGGGGAGGUGAUGGUCUAGUGGUUAAGCGUUGGUCUUGAGACCAGAGGAUCCUCGAUUCAAAUCCCAGCCUGACCGGAAAAUCACUAAGGGUCCUUGAGCAAGGUCCUUAAAACCCCACGUUGCUCCCGGUGUACAGUGGGUGCCUUACAUGCAUGGUGAAUGUGAGGCAUUGAUGUGUAAAGCACUUUGAACGUCUGAUGCAGAUGGAAAAGUGCUAUAUAAAUGCAGUCCAUUUUUGCUCUGUUUUGAUCUGUCAAUGCUUUGACUCAUCUUACUACCAACCCCUACCGUCAGAUGGGUCCUCUACAGGGUGCAAAACCAGGCACAGUUUCAAGUGCACUUUACCAUCAUGCCCCUGAUGUAGCUUUGAGUCAGUACUCAAAACUGUUUCCUGGUGGAGGACGUGACAACGCAUAGCGUAAGUUCAGCUCCAAAACCUGGCAUGUCCAUUUCGAUUGAAAGCAUUUGGAUCUGUUUCAGUGAACUCUGUCUUCAGAGAGGAGUGACAGCCCUAUAUAAAAAUAAAGGCUAUCCAAUUGCCCGGUUUUAUUUUUGUCCAAAACAUUUAUUUCUGUGAGUCAAGCACGAGUUUAAUCUGUUGCUAAGAGUCCUGUCUUUGACAACAGCAUGUUGAGUGUGUGCACUGUGACAGAUAAGCUGCUGUUGGUCUUUCUGUUAUUUGCUCCUACGCCAUUAACUCAAUUAUCUCUCCACAAUUUGAACACAUCCUGAAAGGAACACGUGUUGACACUGUUAAAAGGUUUUAGACCUUUUGUCCUGUUUGUUUGGACCACCCAUAACAUUAUCCCCCUUAAAUUAGCCUUACGGUGCACCAGAUUUCAUACUGACCUCUACCCCGGCAGGUGAGACCAUGGAUGAUGCCAAAGCUGAGGUUGUCUGUAACCACACGGAUGCGUGGGAGUGGGUUUACACCAUGCAACCUGUGUAUAUGUCCAUUGUCUGCCUUCUUGGAGUGCUCGGGAACUCUUUUGUGCUUUGCGUGUUCUGUCUCCAGAGGCGCUGCGGCUCUGUGGCUGACAUUUACCUCAGCAACUUGGCAGCGGCUGAUCUCCUCAUGGUUUUGUGCCUGCCCUUCUGGGUGGUGACUAUUGUUCACCACUUCCACUGGAGGUUUGGGGAGCAUAUGUGCCAGCUUAUCAACACCAUCACUGGGAUGAAUUAUUUGUGCAGUGUGCUGUUCCUUACACUAGUCAGUGUGGACCGGUACCUGGCCCUCACUAGACCGCUGUCCCAACAACGGGGCAGAAGGACACUCUGGACACAUGGGAUCUGCUGCGGUAUAUGGAUCGUCGGGCUCUUGUUCAGCUUCCCUGCUCUCCUGUUCCGCACUGUUAAGUUCUACCCUGAUCUGGGCGUUGAUGUGUGCUACAUGGCAUACCCACAUGAAGGCUGGAGACUGCGCUACAACAUGACUGCUAACAUAGUGGGCUUCCUCGUCCCCGUUCCUGUUGUGUCCUUCUGUACCUACCACAUCAGUAAAGCUUUGCGGAGCAGCCAGAAGAUAAGAAAAAACUGCAGAAGUUGUGUGGAGAGGAAAGCAGCUUUCCUGGUACUAGUCAUCCUAACUGUUUUUGUAAUCUGCUGGUUACCAUACCAGAUUCUAAUAUUUUUGGACACGUUAGACUAUUAUGAGAUCACCUCCGGAUGCACAUGGGCUCAUGUGUUGGACAUUGGAACACAGUUAGCUACUUACCUUGGCUAUAGCAACAGUUCAAUAAACCCUUACUUGUAUGUGAUUGUGGGGAAGCAGUUUCAGCAGAAGAUGUCAGAGGUGUUUAUACUCAUACUCUGCAGAAAUAAAUGGCAACAACGAAAAUCAAAUCAAGCCAAAGUCAACUACUCAACCACAAAAAAAUCAGAGCCGAUGAAAAAUGUCACUCAGUCAACAGAUGCUGAGUAAUAUAUACUGUAAAUGGACAGAUUGUUCUGUUGGGGGAGUGCAAAAGAAACGUUAAAUCCUAGUUUUAAAGGCUUUAGUUGCCUCUAUCAGUGUAAAACACUGACUGAAUGGUGGUACAAGCUGUUGGUGCGCUUGCUUCCCACAUAAAAUAUCCCCAGUUCAGGGCUGCCCAUACACUGUUCUACUAAUUAUUAUUUUUUUUUUAAUUACUAUGGUUUUGUCCUGAAAAGCCCACAGUAGUUUCUGUAAAGGUAUUCCAAUAUCUUUACUGUAUUUCUUACAGAAUUAUUCUGGCAACCACAGCUGCCGUUCCCCCCAGUAAAUAUGACUAAUUUUUUUGAGUGUAGACUGGGGUUCGACUCUAGUUCUAUAAUAUGUAUAUGUCACGGACAUGAACGAGUGAAGCUCUUCAGCAUCUCACCAUGUCAUUUCUGGUUUGUGGCUUCGUCUACCAUCGGUUUGUGGCUUUUUAUGACAAUGUUGUCCGGUUUGUUGCUUUUUCCCCUAUGGGCAGAUUUUUUUGUGCCAUUUCUGGAUUGUGCCUUCUACGAACUAGAUGCUACCUGUAUGUGUCCUUUGAGGUACUACAUCUGCAUUGUCCCAGUCUCCCCAACUAUAAAUGGGUUACAGGCUGGGGAAGUAACCUGUGAUGGACUAGUGUCCCAACCAGGGCUCUCAUCCUUAUACUAUGGUAUCCAGGGAUAAGCACCGACCAAAUGAGCCUCAGGGCCUGAGUGUGGCUUAAUACAUGUUUUGAAACAGAAGGUCUAAAAAAAUAUAGCCAUCAGUCAGCUCUGCUUGGAAUCGAUUUGGACAAAUGCCAGCUUCAUUAGCUCAUAUGUUUUAAAAUUGUCCAAACAUGGAGAAAAAUCUUUCAUUCUAUGCUGCAUGUACUGCAAAGACCAUUUGAAUUACAGCACGAGAUGGUGCAGGAAUCAAAGUGAUAUGUUUUUCAUUGUUGCAAAGAAGACUAAUAUGCUAUUAAACUCAAGUGCAACACAGUCACCCCAUCUCAGGUUGGAUAAAAGAGGUAAGAUAAUUUAAUAAUAAUAAUAGGAUAAAAAUACUGCUGCUAUUUGCAAAGUUUUAAUUAUUUUAACAGUUCUUUUAAAAAUAGCUGAAGCAUACUGAAUGAUUAAUACUAACUGACAGUGACUAAUGCUGAUGUUCCUUUAUGUCUUUGCUGGAGCCAUAUGACAGCUUUUAUGUUCUUUCUGUUUGUGAAAAUGUUGUAAAGCAUUUUGUGUGUACAAGGUUAAAAAGCUUUACUUAACAUAGUACAUGCACCAGUAUAUAAUACUUUAUAUACAGGCACAGACACAGGGACCCAAUUACAAGACAAGAUAAUAAGAUAAUCCUUUAUCCCUGCUGUGGAACAAUAAAGGAUUAUCUUAUCUUAUCUUAUCUUAUCUCAUCUUAUAGUCUUGCAAUUGUGUCCCUGUGUUGGCCUGUCUCUCUCUGUGUGUCUGCAAUGUUUCAUUGGAUGUUUAAUUUGGUUUAUUAAUGUCAUAUUUUUGUCUUUUUUUGUAUUCAUAAAUUGUUUGAGAAAUAGUUAUUUUGGAGACAUCUGUGAUAAACAAAGCAGAUGCAAGCUGUCUUUAACAAAGCCUAAUUUCAAUUAAUCUAAAAGAUUUAACAACAUUUUUUAUUUGAUAAUAUCAGUCUUAUUGUGAAAAGGCUGGGUUGUUGUUCUUGAAUAACUUUUUGAAACUGGAUUUUAUUUUCACAGAUGUAUUAUGGCCAAAAAUAAGUUUGAAUUGAUGCCUAAUUUACUGUGUGUUAAUCCACCACUGUAAUUAUGUAAAAAAAAAAAAAAGUGAUUUAACUGUCAAUUUGAUACAUUUAAUUACAGGUUUAAAAACUUAAUCAUAAUGUUCUUGUGCUGAU